CCCUCGCUUGCCCCCUACAACUAGUUGACUGCUCUAGGGAUUGUGUAGUGGAAAAUUACUUGAUUUUUGGGUUUUCUUCAUGUCUUAUAUUUUCCCUAUAUUAUAUUUAAUUGUGCAUGUAACACAUUUAACAUUGCCCAUUCCUGGGCUCAGGGCAGAAAUUCGAAAGUUACUGAUAUGGGAGGUCACGGACACGAACCACCAUAUACCAUACCCAAACAUACGGAGUUCCAAAUUAAAGGUAUCCCUCAGCUCGAGGAAUUAGAAGAGGCUCUCGCUCGAAAAGGAUUAAAAGACCCAUGGAUCAGAAAUGAGGCCUGGAGAUAUCAUCCGGGAUUUGGUACUCGCUGGCAACGUGCAAGGAAAUUGUUCUUCAGAGGCUUGCCCCUUGGAAUUGCACUCACCGCAGCAACAGUUGCCUUCGACAAGUUUACUGCAAAGGAUGGCCACGGCCAUGGUGGCCACCACUAAUUCGAUUAGAAUGUUAGUUAUGUAUGUACUUUGAGUUGAUACAAAUAAUAGCAAAACUUGAUAAAAAUAUAAAUAGGAAAAGAAUGUGGUAAUUAUUGGUUAUAAAAUAUCCCAUUAAAUACUGAGACAUUUUUAAAUUUAUGCUUUUGUUUACACCCAGUCAAUUUUAAUUGAGAUGAAGUAUUUCUAGUGUGAUUGUCAUACUCAUGCUCAAUAAACUACCAUUCAUUCCAAUGUUGCUACACUUUGUACAUACAAUCCACUUAUUAGUCAUUCAGUAGCAAAACUACCAUUAUAGAUGAUGAUUAACAAGUGCUCCUCAUAGCGGUCCUUUUUUUGGGUGGUGAUGACCAAUUGACAAGUAACGAGGUUGUCUUCACUGACACUAUGUUUAAUAAAUAAAAUGUAACAGUA